AUGGAAGUGUUUAACAAGUUCUAUUCGUCGGUUAGUAAUACAGUGUCGCAGUUGUCAGGCGUACUCCCCGGCAACCCUGUAACGAGAGAGUUCGAAGCUACUCAAUUUAUAGCAAGCGCUGGUCCAGGUUUACUGUGGAAAGUGUACAAAGGUUACAAAAAAUCGACUAAGCAAGAAGCUUCCAUAUUCGUGUUUGAGAAGAAACAACUUGACAGAUGGACAAAAGGCGAUCGAGAUAUUAUGUUAGAGACUUUAAAACGUGGUAUAGUCCAACUGACAAAACUACGGCACCCUCAAAUUCUUACCGUACAACACAGUCUCGAAGAAAGUAGAGAAAGUCUUGCUUUCGCCACAGAACCUAUAUUUGCAAGUCUUGCUAACAUCCUUGGUAAUACAGAAAACAUGCCAGUUCCAAUACCAUCUCAUUUGGCAAACUAUAAACUCUAUGAGCUCGAAAUUAAAUACGGUCUGAUGCAAAUUGCCGAAGGCCUAACAUUUCUCCACAAUGACGUCAAACUCCUUCAUCGCAAUAUUUGUCCUGAGUCUAUUAUAGUAAACCAGCAAGGAGCUUGGAAGAUAUUUGGCUUCGAUUUUUGCGUUGCUAAUCAAAGUGCAUCAGGAUCUGCCCCGUUCUGGCCUUUCAACGAAUACUGUCAAGCAAUGCAUCCGUUGACCCAGCCACUUCUGGAUUAUUUAGCACCAGAAAACGUUCUUUCCGCCACACAUUCACCUAGCAGUGAUAUAUAUUCUUUAGGUAUGGUGAUAUACGCGUUGCACAGUACGGGGCAUCAGACAUUAGGUAGCGUGGGAACGGACUAUACUAAGUUUAAGCGAUUUGUGAACGAGAUCAGACAAUUGCAACCGUCUAGACUGUCUUGUGUGGCGGAUGGCUUAAGGGAAUACGUUAAACUAAUGUUGAAUGUUACUCCAGAAUUGAGGCCGGAUCCUCAUCAGUUUCUGAAGAUAUCAUACUUUGAAGACGUCGGCGUAAAAACUCUCAACUACUUAGAUUCCUUAUUCCAAUGGGACAACCUCCAGAAAUCACAAUUCUAUAAGGGAUUACCGCAGAUUAUACAGAAAAUGCCUCACCGCAUAUGUAUUUACAGAAUCCUGCCAUGUCUCACGAGAGAAUUUGUGAACCCACCUAUGGUGCCGUUCGUGCUUCCAAACGUGUUACUUAUAGCUGAGAGUUCUACUAAAGAAGAAUUCAUAAAAUACAUACUACCAGUAUUAAAACCAGUGAUGUUAAUCCAAGAUCCCAUACAGAUACUCCUGAUAUUUAUGCAAAAGAUGGAGUUGCUGUUAAAACUGACGCCAGGGGAAGAAGUCAAAUCGGACAUUCUGCCAAUGUUGUAUCGAGCGUUGGAAUCGGAUGCUCAACAAAUACAAGAAUUGUGUCUCUCAGUUCUGCCUACAUUUGCAUCGUUGAUAGACUAUCCUGCGAUGAAGAAUGCGCUUUUGCCACGUAUCAAGAAGUUGUGCAUGACGACAAAUUACAUAUCAGUGAGAGUGAACUGUUUACUGUGUUUGGGCAAAUUGUUGGAGCAUUUGGAUAAAUGGUUGGUGUUGGAUGAGAUUAUUCCGUUUCUGCCGCAAAUACCGUCGAGGGAGCCGGCUGUGUUGAUGGGGAUUUUAGGUAUAUAUAAGUUAGCUCUAAGCCACUCCAAGCUCGGCAUCACAAAGGAAAUUAUGGCCACAAAAGUCCUACCGUUCCUGAUCCCUCUUUGCGUGGAGAACGGGCUCACGUUGAACCAGUUCAACGCUCUAGUAACUCUGGUGAAGCAGAUGAUUUCCAAGGUGGAGACGGAGCACAGAGCUAAACUAGAACAGCUUAACUCUAUACAGAAUGAGUCCAAAUCACUAGAACACAAUCUACCCUCAACAGCAGACACGCUGGUGUCUCCAGAAGCGGCUAAAACCUCCACGGACUUGGACAAGGUAUUCUCAGGGUUGAACAUGGACACAUUCUCCCAUAGCCAGCCUAAAGAAAAACCUGACAUAUUGCCGACGAUGAAUGAAAGCAGAAAUCUUAGUAUCGAAGAGAAACAGAGGAUAGCACAACAGCAAGAAACCGUCAGAAAGUUCUCACACCAACCCCAACCAACCGCAAUCCCAGCCCCACCCAAGCAAAUCCGCAAGCCAGUAGACCUCACCAACUCUCUUUUGCAAUCAAAUCUGAACCAAUUCCUAAAACCGACCAACCAACCAUCACAGCAAUCAACCAGCAACCAGAGCCUACCCACCACUACCAACCAAUACAACCCAACCGGGAUAACGCCGAACUAUAGUUAUCAAAACUUCGACAACCAGUUAGCAUUGACCUCUAACGCCUGGACUGCAUCUCCAGGGAAUUUCAACAAUAAAUGGGCGAAUAACCAGACAAGUCAAUCAAACGUGAAGCAAGAUUGGUCAGCUUUUGAAUCUCUUCUACCAACAGCAAAUAGUAAUCAAAAUACUAAUAAUAAUGUAAAGAAACUAACCGAUAAUGAGAUGAUGGAUCUUUUAAGUUAA